AUGGGAGUGAAUGACUUGUGGCAAAUUUUGGAGCCUGUUAAGCAACACAUCCACUUACAUAAACUUGGUGGGAAGACCAUUGCAGUUGAUCUGAGUCUCUGGGUGUGUGAGGCACAAACAGUCAAAAAGAUGAUUGGAACCGUCAUGAAGCCCCACCUCAGAAACUUAUUUUUUCGUAUUUCAUAUUUAAUACAAAUGGAUGUAAAACUGGUGUUCGUCAUGGAAGGAGAACCACCAAAACUAAAAGCUGAUGUCAUAAGCAAGAGGAAUCAGAUUCGGUAUGGAUCCUCUGGAAAAAUAUGGUCUCUGAGAACAGGGAGAUCACAUUUUAAAUCAGUGUUAAAAGAGUGUCUGGAUAUGCUAGAAUGUUUGGGAAUCCCCUGGGUUCAAGCUGCUGGGGAAGCUGAAGCCAUGUGUGCUUUCCUCAAUGCUGGUGGUUAUGUAGAUGGCUGCCUCACCAAUGAUGGAGAUGCUUUCCUUUAUGGGGCCCAAACUGUUUAUAGGAAUUUCACUAUGAACACAAAGGACCCACAUGUGGACUGUUAUACAAUGUCAUCUAUCAAGAGCAAACUAGGUUUGGAUAGAGAUGCUCUGGUUGGACUAGCGAUACUUCUUGGCUGUGAUUAUCUUCCAAAGGGAGUCCCUGGAGUUGGUAAAGAGCAAGCCUUAAAGCUUAUACAGAUUUUGAAAGGGCAAAGUUUACUUCAGAGGUUUAAUCAGUGGAAUGAAAAAUCUUGUAACUCUAAUCCACAGCCACUAGUCACUAAAAAACUGGCUCAUUGCUCUGUCUGUUCCCAUCCAGGUUCACCUAAGGAUCAUGAGCAUAAUGGGUGCAAAUUAUGUAAAAGUGAUAGAUAUUGUGAACCACACAAUUAUGAAUACUGCUGUCCUUGUGAGUGGCACCGUACAGAACAUGAUAGGCAACUAAAUGGAGUAGAGAACAAUAUUAAGAAAAAAGCUUGCAGUUGUGAAGGAUUCCCAUUCCAUGAGGUUAUUCAAGAAUUUCUUUUGAACAAGAAUAAAUUGGUGAAGGAAAUCAGGUACCAAAGACCUGAUUUGUUAUUGUUUCAGAGAUUUACUCUUGAAAAAAUGGAGUGGCCCAAUUACUAUGCAUGUGAGAAAUUGUUGGUGCUUUUGACCCGCUAUGACAUGAUAGAAAGAAAGCUUGGUAGAAGGAACUCUAAUCAACUACAGCCAAUUCGAAUUGUUAGGACCCGAAUCAGAAAUGGAGUUAAUUGCUUUGAAAUAGAAUGGGAAAAGCCUGAACAUUAUGCUGUGGAAGAUAAACAAAAUGGAGAUUUGGUUCUGUUAACAAUCGAAGAAGAAUCAUUGUUUGAGGCAGCCUAUCCCGAGAUUGUUGCUGUUUACCAAAAGCAAAAGUUAGAAAUUAAAGGGAAGAAACAAAAAAGUAUGAAAAUUAAGUCUAAAGAAAACAAUUUUCCUGAAUCAGAUGAUGUAAUGAGUUUUCAGUCACACAUGACUUUAAAACCCACAAGUGAAAUAUUUUCUAAGCAGAAUUCCAAGCUAAAUUUGGAAAUUUCUCCUGAUCCUGCAUUACCACAGGAAUCUAUUUCUGCCUCAUUGAAUAGCUUGCUUUUACUUGAGGACAGUGCCUGUUUGAAUACACAAAAACAGUUAAUGUCUUCUCCGAGACCAUUGGCUAUACAGCAAAUUAAAGCUGUCAGUAAGUCUCUAAUUUCAGAAUCCAGUCAACCCAAUACGUCAUCCCAUAAUGUAUCUGUGAUUGCUGAUCUACACUUGAGCACCAUUGACUGGGAAGGUACUUCUUUUAGUAAUUCUCCAGCUAUUCAAAGGAACACUUUGUCUCAAGGUUUAAAAUUAAAACUUGAAUCAGAGUUGUUGGCCAUCCCUGAUAGCUUUAAUAAUAUUCCAGAAAAUUUGUCAUCUGAAUCAGAAUGGUGUACUAAAGACUUCAAUAAAGUGUUGGAUUGUGAUCUCCAAAAGAUUAGUCCUGAAGAGCGUCUACUUUCUGGCAUUACUGAUUUAUAUCUUCAGGAUUUGCCUUUAAAGGAACGAAUACAUAUAAAAUCAUCAUAUCCUCAGGAUAAUGUACAACCAGAUGUUGACCUGAAAACUUUGUCCCUACCUAAAGAAUCUUGUAUUGCUAACAGCCGUUCUGAUUGUCCAUUAUAUCUUUCAAAGGAUCUUACAGGAAUUCAUUUGCAAAACGAAUCCAGAAACUCUAAAGUUAUAAAAGGAGACCAGCUGCUUCAAGAAAACUACACAGUGAAUAUUUCUAUACCUUAUUCUAUCAAUAAGCCAGUACUAAAGACAUCCAGUGUCAGAGUUGGGCCACCAAAUACUGCUAUAGGUCAUAGUAGAAAAGUUGAUGUGCAAACCACUCAGAAAAUUGUAGUGAAGAAGAGUGUUUGCCUUGACAGACAUUCCUCUGAUGAAGAAAGUGCCCCAGUGUUUGGGAAAGCUAAGUACACAACUCAAAAAAUGAAACACAGUUCUCAGAAGCAUAACCCAGCCCAAUUCAAAGAAAGUGACCACAACAAAUUGAGUAUCCCUAAGUUACAUAUUAAAGGAACUGAACAGUGUGUCAAGUCUUAUAAAACAGUAAGAAAUGAAGAAAACUGUUUCCCAGAUCCAGCAAAAAGCUCUCUGAGUUUUCUACAAUGUCAUAAGAAAGAAGACGACUCUGGUUCUUGUUUGGAUAGUCCUCUUCCUUUAUGCCAGAGAUUAAAGCUAAAGUUCCAAAGCACUUGA